AUGUCGGCAAUGCUCAAAGUAGCUCAGCGAAUGGCUGCUGCUCGAUCUGUGCUAGCACGAAUGGGUGUGGCGCGUUCACGUGGACGAAUUAUAAUGGUGGCACGUGCUGGCUCAAACAGUCCCAAGGAAUAUCUCGACCCAACACCGGAGCCGUCUCAGCUGUUCUUUACGCCUCUUCCUCAUCCCCAACCUGUCCGAACCUCGAGAACAACGUCGAUUACUCUGGUGUGGACGUUGGUAGCACUCAAAGCGCUUCAGCGGAUGGAUGUUGCGCAGCCUGUUCCGGCAAUAGUGCGUGUGGUGCAUUCACUUGGACGAGUUACAACGGUGGAACGUGCUGGUUAA